UUCUCGUAUUCUACCAAUACUAAAUAGCUGGAAUUUUCUACAUAAACACCUUUCUUUUCUGCCACACUCUUAUAUAAAAUUUGUACGAUUGGAUGUUCAAUUGGAAUCAUGUUUAUCCGCUCCUACUUUUAUAAUUAAAUAUCUUUCUCUCUCUCAAUUAUUCACACCCUAAAUACAACCCUUCUCCCAAAAAUCAAUCAAAGCUUUCUCAGAGCAACACCACCACCAUGGGGAGAGCACCUUGCUGUGACAAAGCAAACGUGAAGAAGGGUCCUUGGUCGCCGGAAGAAGAUGCCAAACUCAAAUCCUACAUCGAACAGCACGGAACCGGAGGCAACUGGAUCGCUUUGCCUCAGAAGAUUGGCCUCAAACGAUGUGGCAAGAGUUGCCGCCUCAGGUGGCUAAACUACCUCCGCCCUAACAUCAAGCACGGUGGCUUCUCUGAGGAAGAAGAUAACAUCAUUUGCAGCCUCUACGUUAGCAUUGGAAGCAGGUGGUCGGUGAUUGCAGCACAAUUGCCAGGAAGAACUGAUAACGACAUAAAGAACUACUGGAACACGAGGCUGAAGAAGAAGCUUUUAGGGAAGCACCGCAAGGAACUGCAGGCACGUAACAAAGGAAACGGCGUCGUUAAGCAGGAGAACAAUUCCUCACUCUUGCUCCAGGAAAACAGUGUUCAACAACAGCCUUGCUGGCCACAGAUUCCGGCGCCGCCACUUUCAUCGUACACGAGUCAAACUCCAAGUUUCAACGACCAAGACUCUAUUAGGAAACUUCUAAUCAAGCUUGGAGGGAGAUUCUCCGAUGAUUAUGAACCCAUAGGGUUGAAUAAUGUUCAGUUUCCACAGGGUUCUUUCUCAUCAACACAACAAAUUCAAGAGGAGCAGGUCCAUGUUAGCUCUUCUGGGUGCAUGAACUCUAUUGGCAAUGGCAACAGCCAAGUACAAUUUGGUCAGAGUAAUAAUGAGUACUGUUCUGAGUUGGUGCAAGGAGAAGUGAGUUUCAGUUCCGUAGGUAUUGGGGAAAUGGUUUCUACUAAUGAUUAUUCUCAAAGGUUAUUAGGAGGGUUGGAGUUCUUGUAUGGAGAGGAAAUGAUUAACGAUAAGAUAAUGGGUGGUGGUUGUGCAUCUUCAUGUUGUGGCCAAACUACUAAUUGGGGUGAGACGAGUUCUGUGAUGUAUCCUCCUCUUGUUGCUUCAAGUUUCGAGGGAGUGAUGCCACGACAAAGUGCUUUUCAAGAGUUGAGCUACCCAUAGCAUCAUAUUUGUGUACAUCAUUUGUUAUCUCUAUUGAUGGAAGUUGGAAUUAUAUGUAUCAAUUGAAGUUAGAAAAAGGGAAGCUAGUGUUUAAUUUCCCACAUAGAUAAUAAAAUCCGCUAGAUUGAUAUUUAACUAGCAUGUGUCUGCUAUCUCAGACUUUCUCAUGUGCUGAUCAAUCAGUGGCAGUGCAGUUUAUUAUCUGAUUUGUUUGUAUUA